CCGAGAGUGGGCUGGCAGCAGUCACGUGACACUGGUGACGCAGCUGUCUGCAGCGACGUGGAGUGAUGGCGGCAGUGAGACAGUGACAGUGGAACAGGAGCCCAUUCUGGGAAUGAAAAAGCUGUUCACUAUCUAGGAAGAUGGGUGCCAACAGCAGUACCAUAAAUGAACUCUCUGAGAAUGAGUAUCUAAAGAAACUGUCAGGAACUGAGGCAAUUUCCGAAAAUGAUCCAUUUUGGAAUCAGCUUCUUUCUUUCACAUUUAAUACUCCAACAAACAGUGCGGAUUCAAAGCUCCUGGAAGAGGCGACCAUUUCCAUCUGCAAGUCAUUAAUUCAGAACAAUCCAAGGACAGGAAAUCUAGGCGCACUUACUCACGUCUUUCUUUGCCGAACAAAGGAGCUUAAAAUAUCUGCAGAAUGUGAAAAUCAGCUAUUCAUCUGGCAGGCCCAUAAUGCCCUGUUUAUCAUCUGUUGCUUGCUCAAAGUUUUCAUUUGCCACAUGUCCGAGGAGGAGCUGCUGCUUAAUUUCUCGUAUCGACAGAGUGAGCCGGGAUCAUGUGAAGCAGAGUCUGAAGACCUUAUUGAGGAGCUACUCUUCUGCCUCAUCCAUCUUAUUGUUGAAAUUCCAUUACUAGAUAUAACCUACAGCAUCCUGCUUGAAGCGGUCACUGCCAUGGUUGUGUUUCUGUCCUAUCAGCUCUUCCGUAAAGACGUCAUCAAUGAAAGCAUCAUUCAUAGAUACCUAAUGCAUGGCCGGUGUGUUCAUUAUACAAGCAGACUGGUGAAGACGCUGCUUUAUAACUUCAUCCGACAAGAGAAGAGCCCUCCUCCAGGCUCGCACGUUUUCCAGCAUGAGGUGGAAGGAGGUGGUCUGCUGUAUGGCUUCGCCUCUGGAGUGGCAAGUGGUCUAUGGACUGUUUUGACAUUAGGUGGGGUGGGAAGCAAACCAACACCCCAGCAGGAGGAGUCGUCCCCCCUAGCAAACCAGAGUCUGCUAUUGCUGUUGGUAUUUGCCAACCUGGCUGAUGCGCCCGACUACCCAAAUCCUUACAGACAAGCGAUUACAUCCUUCAGGAACACGCAAGACAGUUCUUUGCAGCCUGCUCCAAAUGUCCACUCAUUCCAGAUAAAUUUCAACAGCUUGUAUACGGCCCUGUGCGAGCAGCAGAAGUCUGAUCAGGCAACUCUGCUGCUUUAUACAUUAUUGCACCAGAAUAAUAAUGUGAAAACGUAUGUGCUGGCGCGGACCGACAUAGAGAACCUUGUGUUGCCGAUACUGGAAAUUUUAUAUCGCGUUGAGGAACGGAAUUCUCAUCAUGUUUACAUGGCUCUGAUCAUUUUGCUCAUUCUUACAGAAGAUGAUGGUUUUAAUCGAUCAAUACAUGAAGUGAUAUUGAAAAACAUAACUUGGUACUCAGAGCGAGUGCUGACAGAAAUAUCGCUGGGAAGCCUUCUCAUACUAGUGGUGAUACGGACGAUACAGUACAACAUGACACGGACAAGGGACAAAUACCUGCACACAAAUUGUUUGGCAGCUCUUGCGAAUAUGUCCUCCCAAUUCCGUUCCCUUCAUCAGUAUGCAGCUCAAAGGAUAAUCAGUUAUUCCUGCCGCCACUUGCGGAGAUAUUUAUAUAUCCUGGACAAACUCUAUUUCCCUCACUCCCACUGCUCUACGCUGCAGCAUUGCUUAUCGGCUUUCAGUGACAAUGGAGAGGAGUUUCUGUCUCUAACUUGCUCACACAUACUCAGAUCCUAUGUCUCCAGUUUAUUUGCGCUGCUGUCUAAGAAACACAACAAAGUUCUGGAACAAGCCACGCAGUCCCUGAGAGGGUCAUUGGGUUCAGAUGACUCCCCACUUCCUGACUACGCUCAAGAUUUGAACGUGAUUGAGGAAGUGAUCCGGAUGAUGCUGGAGAUUAUUAACUCUUGCUUGGCCAAUUCUCUACAUCAUAACCCCAAUUUGGUGUACGCUUUGCUAUACAAGCGUGAACUCUUUGAGCAGUUUCGAGGUCACCCUUCCUUUCAAGAUAUCAUGCAGAAUAUAGACAUGGUGAUUAGCUUCUUUAGCUCACGGUUGGAGCAGGCUGGAACCGAUCUGUCAGUGGAGCGAGUCCUGGAAGUCAUCAAACAAGGAGCUGUGGCUUUGCCUAAAGAUAGGCUCAGAAAAUUCCCCGAACUCAAGUUCAAGUAUGUGGAAGAAGAGCAGCCGGAGGAAUUUUUCAUCCCAUAUGUCUGGUCCUUAGUCUAUAACUCUGGAGUCGGACUGUACUGGAGCCCACAAGACAUCCAGCUAUUCACCAUGGAUUCUGGUUGAAAAGAAGAAAGAAAAAACACAAAAAGAAAUUGCGCUCAGUCCAUCUCAGUCUGUUUGACGCAUGGAACGGAGCAUAACACCCACAAUGCACUGCCUGCCACCUUCUCACCCCCCCCCCCCCCCCGAACUGCUCUAGCAGAAUAUGCAUUACCUUCUGCUAGAGGCUCACCCUGAAGUUGUAUUUUAUAUGGCUUCACCAGAAUUUAUCUGACGUCUUCAAAUUGUAAUCUUCUUUUUGUUUUUUAUAGAUAUAAAUAAUUCUAUAUAUUGUAGGUAUCCUAUGAUGGUAACGAUUAGGCAGCUUUUUUAUCCCUUAAUAAGGGGAGAAGUAAACAUCAGUUUUAAAGAAGUAUAGGAUUUAAACGGCUUUGUUUUCACUUGAUUUUGUAAAGCUGUGAAAGCAUCUGAUGCUAAUGGUUCUGCCCACACUCAGUUACCAUAUCACUUGUAAUAGAACAGAAUUAUGUUCCUUUUAGGUAGCAAUGCAGUUACAUUCACACUGAAAGAGAUUUUUAAGGGCUUCUUUUGCAAUCUCACAAAUUUGUCUUCCAUGUUUUUUCAUAUAUAAAAAAAAAUACUGGAUCCAAAUAUUAACCCUUUUAUUGCCACUAAAAUGCAAUACAAGGCUACUAUAUGUAGCAUUGCAGCCUUUUUUUUGGCAAUUAAGGGUUAAGUGAAAGAGCUUUACAGUGAUUACUUUUUCACAUUGACGCCUGCUAUUUAUUGGAUUACUCUGAGUGAUGGUGAUCGGCUAAAGUUCUCUUUAAAAGUUAUAAUAAAACCUUUGGGCUGUCUGUGUUUUAUGUUAGGAUUCAUAUGUAAAUCAAAAUGAUAAAAGUAUAAAUAUCUAUAUAAACACACACCUAUAUAUAUUUGUAAGUUGGUUUAACUUUGUCCUUAUGGUUAACAUAAACAAAGUUUAAAUACUGAUAGGAAAUAAUUAUCCUACAUUAGUUAAUAGCUUAAAGCCAUGUUACAUAGCUAUGUUACAAGUUUAAAUUCAGCACAGGAAUCAAGCAGUUUGUUUCAAUAGUGGCACAUUUUAGCCAUAAGUUUGAAAGUUAGAAAAACAAAUGAAAAAGUUCUUCCCAAAUUCUUUGUAGAAAUAUAAAUGUCUCCUCCGUAAUUUGCUAUGUAAACUAGAGGCGACCAUUUAGCCUUAUAUGAACUUCCCAAUAUCAUUAUUUUAUAUUUAUUCACAAAGCCAGGACUAUCAGAAAUUAGUUCCAGACUUUAACAGUCACAUAAGUACACAAGUGUCUAAACUCUAGAUUUUCAAACAUCAUGCUUAUAUUGAUAAGCGCUAAUUAAUCUUUGCCCGUUAAUUGCUUUCAAUGUAUAAAGAUAUUUUUAUUCAACAAAUCAAUUUGAAUUAAAGCAGUCAGUGUGCUUAUACUGUUUAAACUCACUUCUUAUUAAUUAUGUUUUUGUGCUCAGCGGGAAUAGGUGGACAAAUAGGUACUGUGCAGGAAAAGGGUUGGGAAUAUGCACCUUUAGUAAGGAUUAGUUUAAAAUAAAGGUUACUGCAGAUUGCAGAGGUUGCAUUA